AUGGGUUGUUGUUUGACUAAAGAAACUAAAGAUGCAAAAUAUGCCAAUGCAGGUUGUGAUGAACAUCCUGUUCCAAUUUAAUAGCCUGAAGAAUCACAUUAUUAGGAGGUUUGUGCUGAAGUUAUUCCUCCUAAGGAAUCAAAUAUAUAAAAAUAGGAUUAAGAAAAAUAGAUAACUUGGACAGAAGGAGAAAUGCUUGGAUAAGGAGCAUUUGGUAGGGUAGUAUUAGGGAUGAAUAGAAUUAGUGGAUAAAUUAUGGCUGUUAAAUAAGUAUUUAUAAAGAAUGGAGAUGAGAAUGUAAAUUCUAAUUAAUUUAUUAUUAGAAAGUAUAAUCAAUUCAAAGAGAAAUUGAAAUUUUGAGUAAAUUACAACAUCCAUAUAUAGUGCGUUAUUAUGGAUCAGAAAGAAAAAAAGAUUAAUUAAAUAUUUUUUUAGAGUUUGUAAGUGGUGGUUCUGUUCUUACAAUGAUAAAAAGAUUUGGAAAGUUUAAGGAGUCUUUGAUUAAAGUUUAUUUGAAGUAGAUUCUAUUAGGAUUAUAAUAUCUACACUCAUAAGGUGUGAUUCAUAGAGACAUUAAAGGAGCCAAUAUCUUAAUUAAUUAAAAUGGAUAAGUGAAAUUAGCAGGUAUUUAUUGUAGUAUUUAUUAUUUUCAAGAUUUUGGAAGUGGCAAAUAAUUAUCUGAAAUUAAAUAAGAAAUUGUUGGUUCUUUGUGUGGAACCCCAAAUUUUAUGGCUCCAGAAGUUAUUAAUUAACAACAAUAUGGAAAGUAGAUCAAAUUAUUUAUACUAAUAUUAGGAAGGCUGAUAUAUGGAGUCUUGGUUGCACAAUGAUUGAAAUGGCUACUGGACACCCUCCUUUUUUUGAAGUUAAGAAUAUUUAUACUAUUAUGGUUAAAAUAAGUAAGUUAACUGAAAUGAUUCCUAUUCCAGAAGAAUUGAAAUCAGAAUAAGCAAAGGAUUUUCUAAAGAGAUGUCUUCAAUUAAAUCCAGAAGAUCGAUGGGAAACAGAAGAUUUGCUUUAACAUCCAUUUUUAGUUUCAAAAGAAUAAAGAUAUAGUGGAAUUAAUUCAGCUUAAGAAAAAAAGAAUAGUUUUAUUACUGAUGAUCAAUUAUUUUAAUUACAUUCAGAAUUAAUACCAAAAUAGAAUUAAAAGUUAUAAUUUUCUUUUUAAUUGGAUGAUGAAUCAUAAACUCAAAAUGAAAAUUAAAUUGAAGAACAAGAAAUACCUUAAUAUUAAGAAUAAUAAGGUUAAGGUUCAUAAAGAGAUGAACCUAUCACAAAUAUUAUUAAAAUAACAAAUAAUAAUAAUCUAUAAUCAGAACCAGAUGAAAAAGCUUAUAAAGUAAUCAUUGAAUAGAAUUUUGAUGAUAGAAUUGACUUAUAAUAAUUUGAUUCUAAUUAGUCAUGUUAAAAAGGUAAAAAACUAAUAAUAAAUCGUUAAUGUUCACUAAAUUAAGCAUUAGAUUAGGUUUUAAAUGAUGUAUAUCAACAAUAAUAAUCUAAAUCACUUAAUCCACUAAUAAACUGA